UUCAGUUGCCCGAAGGCCGUCUAGCGAGGAGGACGUGUCGUGUCCGCCCGCCCUACGAUACAGUAGUAAAAACUUUAGAGUUUCGUUGAGUGUGUUCUGUGGUACUUUACUCAACAACACCCAUUGGAUUUUCAAGGAACAAUGCGGUGGAACGCAGCAGCAGCGGUGAGAUAGCCGCAAUUAAAUGGAUCACGAAGUACCAGGGUAUCAUGGAGGAACAGGAAGUGUGAAAGGGGAACAGCUACAGGGUGAUCUCGUCGGAAUGAAUGAGACAGACGUCGGUAGCGAGGAAGCUUUAGAGCUCGCGCUGAAUGUCUCCGUCACUGUUAUAUCCGCCAUCGGCUUGAUGCUCAAUGCUUAUAUUUUAUUCGUCAUCGUUAUUACAAAGCAGCCAGCAACAGCGUCGUCAGUGUUGCUCGUCCACCUGGGAGCGGUCGGAGCACUAGCAAGUGGUGCAGCACUAUGCAGCGGAGGCGGAGCUUGUUCCUGCGGUGUUCUACUGCUGGCCUUACAUCCACUCCAGCUGUGGACGGUGUGUGGACUCCACGCCGAUCGAGCAGCUGCCAUCGCCGCACCAUUGCACUACGCUGCUAUUGUCUCCGCGAAAAAGGCUAUCAUAUGUGUGGCGAGUGGAUGGGUCACCACCGUAGCACUCCUGGCACCACUUGCUGCCGCCCAUCCUCCGUUGGGACUCCUCUCUGGACUGGGGAGUUGUGCUCCAGACUGCAGCGCAGGCCCAUCAGCUCUAGCCUUCUGUAUCGUCUACACAGUCGCCACUCUCCUUCUCCCAACAACUUUGGUGCUCGUGUGCAGUUUAAAAAUUCUGCGUAUCGCCAGAUAUCAUAGACACAGAAUAGCGGCGGCUAUUUACGAAGUGACAAUAUCCGCACAAGUGACCGUCACCCACCAACGCAAUCCAUUUUCUCCACCUCUCCCACCGCGGCGAAGAGCAUUAUCUGCAGUUCUACAACCUUUGGGAUCUCUAGCAAUAUUAUACUUUCCAUAUUACUGCGUUCUAAUUUGGCCAGCCUUUGCGAUUCCUCCAAGACUCUUGGCUGCAUUGUCAUUAACUUUACUGUCGGCAGCCCCACCCGUCAACGGUAUCCUUUAUGGGAUAAGAAGUCGAGCCUUGAAAGACUCCCUUCGGAAUUAUAGACGGAAGCGAAUGACAAAAAGCGAGGUGACACAAGAAAUUCAGGCAAGGACUCCCAGUGCUUGUGGUUCCCGAAGACCAUCCUUAUCAGCUGGCUCCGGGUGUAUACGACCAUUGACCACGCGCAGACUCUCUGACGCAGCAGCAAUGGGUUCAAGAGGUUCUGAACGACCUGCGCCUAGAGCGGCUUCGUGUAACGUGUUGCAGGAUUCCCAAGAAGAAGACCUAACGAGGUCUCGUGGAUCUGCUAUACCGUUGAUACGUGCUCCUCCGCAUGUGGUGCUUGGUAGAGCGUUUGGUUUAGAAGAAGGUGUAAGUAGGGAGCGACGUCGUCGUCAGUCGCCGAGGAUUACAGUCACUAGAGCUAUGUCAGACGAGAGUGAAUCACCAACUCGUCGUCCACUCUGCCGACAGCAUUCACGAUCGAGUGGCGCCCUUCUUGGCACAAUAGCAUAUGUACCACCAUUAUCUGAAAAGUUGGAGAAUUCAAACGAGGAACCGUUACUUAUUCAAUGGCCACAACGCCACAACAAUUUUAACAAACAUGGCGUUCUUUAAAUACUAUUUAUAACUUCUUGUAUAUGCCUAUGUAGACAAUAACUUGAACAUGUGCUUUAAGGACCUUGCCUGAGCAAUUAGAACUUAACAGAUUAUUUUAGUGCUGCAUUUAGCCCGACAUUCGAUGGACGUACGAAACGUAGAAAAUAUGUAAUGUCAAAAUUGAACCUUAAAAGCAAUGACGUGCUAUUCAAGAACAUAUCAUUCCCAGUCUCACAGUGGAUCGGCAAAAGUGCGCUUAAAGACAAUGUAAGCGCACUUUUUCCUUGUCAAUUGUGUCAACUGUCACUGUCCAAAUCAAACUUGAAAUGAAUAAAUGUUUCACAUUGCUGCUUAUUGACUGGAAUAUUUUUAAAAACUGGAGUUAGAGCGGAAAUGUAUAAUAGCCGAAGCUGAUUAUGGUGUAGUUUGUGGCAUGUUCCAUAUUUCUGCUUUGUUUUUAUAUGACGUGAUUUAUCUAUAUGUAUAGAAUGUCAUUGCUUAAAAUAAUAGCUAAUUUUCUCAUGUUGUAUGUUAGUUUGUUAGUGUCCCUCGUAACAAGCCGCAAUAUUACGUAUAUUAGAGCACAGAUGUUCGGUAAAGUCGCUUUGAAUACAUUAUUUCCAUGUUUAUUAAAUGCAGCUUAACCUCACCGAGCGAUAAAAAUAUAAGUGUAUUCCACAACAUUUAUUACAUAACCUGCUUUAGACAUUAUUUAUUUAAUUCUUAUUGAAUGCAAAUAAUUAUUAAAUCAAACUGAAUAAAAGAAAAAACAGAAUUAUAGAAAAAUUGUUGAAAGUUUGAGACAAUAUUAUGUUUUGAUUACCUACUAUCGACAAAAUUGAAUCGUGACCCACCUUAAUGUCAUAUUCAUACAGUCGUAAUAUACAAGUAGGUCGAAAUUCGCUUGAAUAUACAUUUCUUUAGUAACUGUUAUUAUUUUAUUAGACACUAACAGUCCACC